AUUAGAGAUCGUUUAAAGUCGACUCCUCCAGGCCAGUGUGACUGUGGACUGAGAAAAUGCAGUUAGUUUAUCGCCGAUAUUGAUCGAAAACAUUCCCCAGAUGGCCCAGGAUGCAGUAGAAGUGAGGAAUGUCUACAAGAGAUAUGGAUCCAAGAGAAAUGGCGUCCAGGCUUUACAGGACUGUUCUCUCACUGUACCACAGGGAUGCAUCUAUGGGCUCUUAGGUCCUAGUGGGAGUGGUAAAACCACGCUAUUACGAGCUCUAGUUGGCCGUCUGGCGGUGGAUGCAGGUCAUGUGACAGUUCUAGGUCAAAAGCCGGGGGCCAGAGGUCACGAGGUGCCUGGAAAGCUGAUUGGCUACAUGCCUCAGGACACAGCGCUGUUUGAGAAGUUGACCAUUGAAGAAACGUUGGCCUACUUUGGAAGGAUUCUCGGAAUGUCUAGGGAAAAUGCUGUGAUAAGAACCAAUUUCUUGGUAAAAUUUCUGGACCUCCCAUCUAAAGGGAGACAAAUACAAACCCUAAGUGGAGGACAGAAAAGAAGAGUAUCAUUUGCUUGUGCCCUAAUUCAUGAGCCAAGACUCCUUAUUUUAGAUGAACCCACUGUUGGAGUAGACCCCCUGCUGAGGCAGAAGAUAUGGGAGCACCUGUUAGAAAUAGCCAAGACAGGCCACACUACCAUCUUGUUGACCACUCAUUAUAUAGAGGAGGCCAGACAGGCUGACAUGGUGGGAUUGAUGCGACAGAGAAAACUUUUGGCUGAAUCCAGUCCUGAACAUCUUCUCAUUACACACAGAAUGGAGACUCUGGAAGAUGUGUUUCUCAAGCUUUGCCAGCAAGACAGCACUCUGGCAGAUACUUCAGAACCUGGUGUUACUACAGAUGGCUUACUGCUGAACACCACAGACAACACUGUGGACACUGAGGACAGCUUGGUCUUUCAGGGUGCUGAGACCAGUGCGUACAGUAUAGAAUUCCGUCACCAUGGAGACAGAAGCCAGCUGUUGGAGGAUAGCCAGCGUAGUUCAACUUCCAAACAUUAUAGACAUUUACAGCCUGGCGAAUUCUCCACCAAUACACAUUCCACUGACCUAGAGCACAGCAUUAAGUGUUGUACCAGGUGCUGGUCCUGGUUUUCUCUUCCUAAACCUACCAACAUCUUAGCCCUGGUGAUCAAGAACCUGAUUAUCAUGAGCAGAAACCUUGGGUUUCUAUUCUUUGAGUUCAUGCUACCUUCCAUCCAGAUCAUUCUGUUCUGUCUGUGUAUUGGUCCAGAGCCACGUGACCUCACGGUUGCCAUAGUGAACCAAGACCAAGGCAUGCUGGGAAUGAACUGUGGGGCUAUGGUCAUCAAUCACUUGAGUAAUGAGACGUUUGCAAAGGUCAAUUAUAGUGAUCUUACCUCUGCUCUGAACACUGUCAAGCAAGGAGACGCCUGGGGGGCAGUGUUUGUUGGCAAGAAUUUCACUCAGGAUCUUUUUCUUAGAGUUAGUAAUACCAGCAGUGUGGACAACAAAACAAUAGAUGGCAGCAGUGUCAAACUCUAUCUGGAUAUGACAAACCAGCAGAUAGCCCUGUCUAUCCAACAGGAGAUCAUGACAGGGUUCCAGGCGUUCACCACCGACAUGUUGAGGAGUUUGGGACUUAAUGUUCACGCAGCAGACUUACCAGUGAAGUUGGAAGAGCCAGUUUAUGGUGACAGGAAGCCCUCCUUUACCAACUUCAUGGCCCCUGGGAUAAUCAUCAGUAUUACAUUCUUCAUGGCCUGUGGACUCACAGCUUUGGCAUUUGUACUGGAAAGGAAGGAAGGACUGUUGGACAGGAGUCUGACAACAGGAGUCAAUGUGAUGGAAGUGAUGGUGGCUCAUGUANGAGCACAUUGNGAAGCUUUUAAAACUGCCUUUCUCCACUUGACCGCCCUCAGGUUGAUUCCGGUCCACUGUCUACUCCCUCCCACAGCUGCCCUCAGGUUCAUUCCAGUCCACUGUCUACUCCCUCCCAUAGCCGCCCUCAGGUUGAUUCCAGUCCACUGUCUACUACCUCCCACAGCCGCCCUCAGGUUGAUUCCAGUCCACUGUCUACUCCCUCCCACAGCCGCCCUCAGGUUGAUUCCAGUCCACUGUCUACUCCCUCCCACAGCCGCCCUCAGGUUGAUUCCAGUCCACUGUCUACUCCCUCCCACAGCCGCCCUCAGGUUGAUUCCAGUCCACUGUCUACUCCCUCCCACAGCCGCCCUCAGGUUGAUUCCAGUCCACUGUCUACUCCCUCCCACAGCCGCCCUCAGGUUGAUUCCAGUCCACUGUCUACUCCCUCCCACAGCCGCCCUCAGGUUGAUUCCAGUCCACUGUCUACUCCCUCCCACAGCCGCCCUCAGGUUGAUUCCAGUCCACUGUCUACUCCCUCCCACAGCCGCCCUCAGGUUGAUUCCAGUCCACUGUCUACUCCCUCCCACAGCCGCCCUCAGGUUGAUUCCAGUCCACUGUCUACUCCCUCCCACAGCCGCCUUCAGGUUGAUUCCAGUCCACUGUCUACUCCCUCCCACAGCCACCCUCAGAUGUGCCAGACCCUCCAACCCCCCCUGCUGGGAUAUCACCUACAUGGAGGUAUGGCGCGGGUUUCUGGUGGCUAUAGGUUGGGGAUGGGGACUCUGCGCCAUAGCAGCCAUCAUCAUCAAAAUCAAAAAGUGCCACUCCACUGCCCUCAGGUUGAUUCUCGCCCACUCACAGCCACCCUUAGAUGUGCCAGGCUGGGAUAUCACCUACAUGGAGGUAUGGCGUGGGUUUCUGGUGGCUAUAGGCUGGGGAUGGGGACUCUGCGCCAUAGCAGCCAUCAUUAUCAAAAUCAAAAAGUGGUGAACUUCAUAAAGAACAUUUAACAUUGCAGAUGAAAUCUCUAGAAAACUUUUUAAUUAGAGCAUAAUAGGUCACAUACAUAAUGGGUGGGUUUGCUGAUUAUGUCACUGUUAUCAAUACUUACUGAAGUAAAACAUUCAUUGCUUGGUAUGUUAAAAUAAGUUAAAAAUGGCAAACUAAUAAAUAAUGGAAAACUA